AAUAUUCAUUCGUCCCGCCAAUACAUCAACCGACCUGUCGCACGCGAGAUUAUUGUGACGGACAGUCGUGUGAGGAAUAUCGUAUCUUAUUUUCCAACUUGUCGACGAAUUUCUUGAAAUCUUAAAUUAGAUCCGGAAUGCCUCAGUUUAUUAUCGCGCAACAUUCUCGUAUUUAUACGCGUUUCUGAAACAAGUUUACUACGCAGUUUCAUGUUCGGAGCGGAAUGACGACUCAGGAAAGCCAGAUCGAGUGCGACGUGAAUAUUCACUUUGUCGUACCAAAUCAUCACGCCUCCGAAGAUGAUUGCAGCGAUGAAAUGUGGCUGGCAUUUAACAAAUGCUGCGAAUUUAGCAUGCUUCCAGAAUGGAUCAGUGAGAAACUCUGCAGUAAGAUGAAACCGUCAAAAAACGAUGUAUUUGUUAUAGAGGAAUUUAAGGGAGAUUUGUUUAAGAUGUUGAAAAACUUUAAGUGCUCCAGAAUAGUAUCUCCAAAAUGUUUACUCAUUUGUUUUAUGAAUGGAGAACCAAUUCCAGAAGGAACAAGCCCGAUAUAUACAACAUCUAUGAGAGGAAUGUGUAUUUGUGCAUCAGGUUUUAGUACAGAAAUUAAGGAUCAGAUACAACAAAAAGUCGAAUAUAUGGGAGGUUUUUUUACAAAGCAAUUAAGAAGUUCCGUCACACAUUUAGUAGCAGAUUCUGUGAUGUCUGCAAAGUAUGAGGCUGCUAUAGAAAUGAAAAUACCAAUCAUGACGAAACAAUGGAUAGAAGCUAUUUGGGAGGCAAAUUUGAAAAAAGUAAUUAAGGCAGAUGAUAAGAUUUUUAAUAAAUACAAAUGUCCAGUUUUUAUGAAUCUAAUAGUUACUUCAACAAAUCUUCCGAAACGUCAGAAAGAAGAGAUUAAACGUUUGAUACACGAUUAUGGAGGAAUAUUCAUGGGUCCUCUCGACGGAACAAAAGUUCGAGUAGUUUUAGCUUCUGAAAACGGCCCCUUGAGCGAUAAACUAAAAUACGCUAUGGAAAAUGAUAUUGCAUGUCUCAGAAUCGAUUGGGUAUAUGAAAGCAUUAAAGUGGGAUAUGCUUUACCUUUCCGUAACUUUAUUAUUAAAUCUGUAAAGGCGUGUUCAACACCGGAAAAACCUAAUAUUCGAGAAUCGCUUAACUGUUCUGAAAUUAGCUCUAUAGCAUUUGAUAAACCUCCCAACAAUUAUGUAAACGAGACUCUUAGUUCGACGAUAUCAAGUUUUGCUAAUUUAGAUGCAGCAAUUAGUAAAUUUUCCGGUGUCGCCAAGUUAAACGUUUUGGAUCGAUUCACUUUCGGUGAAGCAAAAUUAGCUGGACCUUUUUUGGAUGGAUGUAAUAUUUAUCUUACUGGAUUUGCAACAACUGUUAGAGAUAAAUUAAACAAAAUAUUAAACAUUGGCGGUGCAACGCGUCUUGAUGAAAUAUCAGAUUCUGUAACGCAUGUGAUUGUUGGCGACGCAAGUAAAGCAUCUACAGAACUGAAAAUGAUAAAAUCAAGAGGUUUAUGUCCUUAUAUAUUGAAAGUGGAAUGGCUGGAAAAGAGUAUGAAACUGAAACGACCUGCGUCGGAAGAACAUUUUUUGUUUGAAGUCAAAGAUGGAGUAUCUAAGAAUAAUAUCGGAACACCUGCUUCACCACUCAGUAAAAAGAAUUUACAAAUGUUACAACAACCAAAAAGACCUCCCGUACCACCUUUCAAUUUAAAUAAAGAGAUUGCACCUGUGAAUGAAGAUCAACAAUCUGAUCUCGUACAGCAAUAUCUGCAAGAAACUAGUGAUCAUAGGAGUUUAAUGCAGGAAUUUGCUAAACCCAGUACUAUUUUGGAAAAAGAUGGAGACAAUUUAAGUAUGAAAAGUACACAUAGUAAUGAUAUUUGUUCAUCAAAUACUACGCAAAAUAAAAAAAGUAUGGAAAGUGAUAAUACUGUGUUACUUAGCCAAACAAUAAACGAAAAAUUACUUAAAGAUUUAAUGUUUGUCGUGACUGGUUUUGAUAGCGAGGACAAUCAUGUAGAAGAGACGAUUGUAAUGUUGGGUGGACGCUUAGUCUCGAAAACAUAUAUUGGUAUUCCAGAUUACGCUAUCGUUCCUGUGGAUGGAGCACCUUUAAAACAUACGGUCAACGAAAUCGUAACCGACUUAUUUAUUGAAGAUUGUAUAAAUCAGGAGCAAAUUGUCGACAUCAUGUAUUAUCACAGGCCAAUAUUUCUUAGAAAACUUUGUAAUCCGUUGUCGGGAUGCGUAAUAACAAUGAGCAUGUAUACUGGAUCCGAACGAAUAUACCUUUCAACAUUGGCUAUGAAACUAGGCGCUGUGUAACGUAUAUUUAUUAUAAAUGUUCACGAAAAUAAAUCAGAUCCUGAAACUACAUCGAGAAAUAUUCUGACUCCAAAGCGCCAUUUAUCUCAAAUCAAGGAUGCAGUUUCUGCUGAAACUCCAUUAAUAAAUAAGAGACUCAGUCUGGUAAUAAAUCAGACACCACAAUCACCAUUUCAUGUAUCCACUCCAGAAACUCCAUAUGGACAGGUUUUUAAGCCCAAUCCUUCACCAGAUACACGAAAAGGAUGGAUCAAAUGGGUAGACAAUCUUCCAGACUUACAAGUGACAGAACCACCAUUGAAACGACGUACACCUAGCACUCCGCUUUCAGAUUUAAAGAAACAGCUAUGGGAGAAAUUAAAGAACGCAGGUCAAUCUGAAAAGGAACAUAAAACAGAUGAAACAACAAUAAGACAUGAAGAUAACAAUUCUUUUACGGAAAGAACCGAAAAAAAGGAAGCUGACAAUCAAUCUAAUAAAACCACUCCAUCAACUCCUAUCAAUCGAAAGCUUAAUUUCAACGAAAAAGAUACUCCAAUAUCAAACAACGAGAUAAAUAUGCAAAUAGCACAAUUGGACCAAAUGCUUCAACGAACAUCGAGUACUCCUGAAAAAUACUCGUUGUCUGGGGAAAACACGAAGAAGUAUUCAAUUGGGAAUAAUCGGACAAGUAAAGACAAUAAUGUGGUUCUCGAAGAAUAUACCGAAAAAGAUGUCGCAGAAAAUCAGUAUGAAUCAUCGACAACACGAAAAUUUAUGCUGUCGGGUAUAAAGGAUAGAAAUGCAUAUGAAAGAGUGAUAAAAGAUCUUGGCGGAGAUGUGUCCACGGAUGCAAAUUUCGAUAACAGUGCCACGCAUCUUUUGUGCACUAGACUCUCUAGAAAUGAAAAAAUGCUCGGCAGUAUAGCAGCUGGAAAAUGGGUUCUGUAUUGUACAUAUUUACGUGAUUCCGAGCGAGAAGGCAGAUUUCUUGAUGAGGAAGAGUAUGAAUGGGGUAAUCCAAAAAGCAAAGAUAAAAUUCCAGAGCCAAAUGGCGAAAUGGAGACUGCAAUCGCGACCGCAGCUUACAAGUGGCGACUAAGAUUGCAAAAAGAGCUACAUGGACCAUUUUCCGAUAUAGUAGCUUUAUUGAUGGUUUCUGAGGAGAAAUAUGAUCAAUUUAAAAGACUGAUUGAAGCCGGCGGCGGUGUAGUCAUACAAGCAAGAGCGCCUUAUGAUACCAGUCCAUCUGGACGUAAAAUCACACAUUGCUUCGUCAACGUGAAACAGGUAAAUCAACCUGUGGAUUGGGCUAUGCUGGCUAACAAGGGCAUCCUUUGCUUCUUACCGCAAUAUCUCAGUGAUUAUCUGACGGCAGUAACUCCGCUCAAUCCACGGGAUUGUGUGCUUCCAGAAUUUAAGAAAUACUUGACGCUACUGCCCAAGUAAUCAGAUUAAUAUUAAAAUUAUUAUACGAUAUUAAAUUUAUAAACGCGAAUGUAUUUCAAUGGUUUGAAUGCAAGGAAUACAAUAUAUGGCGAAUUCAAAAUCACAAUUAAUGUUUUACAAGUGACAUUUUAUCAAAUAUUUUUAAUAAACUAUUUUUGUCGAAGUGCUCAAAUCGAGAUCUCUUAUAAAAAAUAAUCGAUUGAUAAGAAUCAUUUAUUAGAUUUAUUUAUAUGUUUUUCAGUAUAUUGAUAUUUUGUACAAUUUUAUAAAAAGCACCUUUCAAAAUCCUUGUCAGGAAAUAUAGUCAAGUAAUACCUGAGUUAAUUACCCAAUAGAUUUAUAAGAGUAUGAUUAAUAUAAUAUUAGUAAAA